GGGUCGGUGCUUGGCCCGGGGGCUGGAGGGCUGGGGCUGGACUGGGAGGAGACUAAAGAUGCGGGGUGGUACAAUGUGGCGCUGCGAGUUCCUCCUGCACUCUGAGGACGCAUGAGAGCUGAGGACAGUCGGAGCAAACGGAAUCAAAGAUAGUGUUCAAGUCAGUCUACCUCCCAGAGUGACCAUGAGAGUCCUCCUACUAAUCUGCAUGCCAGUUCUGCUGCUCGCCCAGGCCCAGUACCAGGACCCGUUUCCUUUUUUGGUGGACUAUGGGCUGGAUUAUUUACCAGAGAAUCCAGACUCUGAAAAUCCUGAAUCUCUUCCUGGAACCUACCAGCAGCAGGUUCGGCUCGAUCCAGUGGUCCGUCCUGAAAAAUCAGAGUCCGAUUUGGAGCCCACAGAGCCUGGCCCUCUUGAUUGCAGAGAGGAGCAGUAUCCCUGCACCAGACUCUACUCUGUUCACAAGCCAUGCAAGCAGUGCCUGAACAGCCUCUGCUUCUACAGUUUGCGACGGGUGUAUGUCAUCAACAAGGAGGUUUGCGUGAGGACUGUGUGUGCACAUGAAGAGCUGCUCAGAGCGGACCUGUGUCGCGAUCAGUUCUCUCGCUGCGGCGUGGCAGCGCUGAGCGGCCAGUGUGCAUCACUAGGAGGAAGCUGCGGCAAGAGCUGUGGCGGCUGCUGAUUUGAGUACAGAGAUCAGGGACGCUACCUGCCCAGAUACUGCCGCUUUUCAUCCACACCAUCUUACUUUGUCCUACUCUCCUCACUUUGCUUUUUGACUCUUCCUGUACAACUCAUUACUCCUGUGCCAAAAGCACUUCUUGCAUUUGAGGUUUUUUGUUGUCUUUUCACAUGUAUGUCUGCCCAGUAGAUCCUGUGUAUGGAUAAAUAUACUCUAAAGAACAUUGACGAUUGUAUAAAUCGCUGGUGCUAUAAAAUCAUCACACUGGUGCUAUAAAAACUAUUAGAGAUGCACAUAAAACUGCGGAACAUCUUUUUUACAUAUAUUUUUUGGCAUAUUGUACCAUAUUAAUCUCAUGCUUUAUGUUUGUUGAUAUGUUACUGUACUUGUGUUGAAAAGCAGUCAUUCUCAUGAUGAUCUACUCAUCAGUGGUGGCCACUGUGCACUGACAUCAGACAAAACUAAUCAAUAUCCAGCCGCAGUCUCAUUGUUGAAGAUCAUGAGAUGUGUGAAGAAACAGGUGGUGAGUGACCUCAGUUUUUGUACUACUGCCACCUGGAUCUGUGCUUAGCAACCAAGCAGCAAGCUUAUAUAAAUAUAUUCCAGUGGCAACAAGUGCUUUAAAACGGCAUCUCACAAACGGCCUCUGUACUACUGCUUUUGUAAAACUGUCACUAUAAAGACUGAGAAAAAAUAAACUUUUUUUUUACUACA